AUGUCUGGCCCGCCACCAUAUCACAACCUGACUCUGUACACCUUCGGAACGCCCAACGGUCAUAAGUCUUCCAUCACGAUGGAAGAGCUUGGCCUUCAGUACACGAUCGAAGUCGUUGAUAUCUCCAAAAAUGUCCAGAAAGAAGAUUGGUUCCUUGCUAUCAAUCCCAAUGGACGUAUUCCGGCCUUAAAGGAUGGCGAUAUGAGAGUAUUCGAAAGCGGUGCUAUUAUGCUCUAUCUGACCGAUCACUAUGACAAGGAUCACAAGAUCAGCUAUCCUCACGGCAGCCGAGAGUACUACGAAAUGGUGUCGUGGCUAAUGUGGCAGAUGGGCGGCCUUGGCCCAGGACAAGCGGAACAUUUCAGAGCUAUGGCGGGGGUUUACUCGGCUUACGGCAUAAACAGAUAUGUCAAUGAAACCAGACGACUGAUCGAUGUGCUCGAAUCUCGGUUAAAGAGCUACGACUGGUUGGCGGGUGAGAAGUACACCAUCGCUGACAUUGCGAGUUAUGCUUGGUUGAGGUCCGCCUUUCUGCUUCUGGACAUAGAUGUUCGCCAGUGGCCUGGUUUGGAGAAGUGGAUCAAAAGGAUCGGUGAACGCUCAGCCGUCCAGAAGGGCAUAAAUAUUCCUGCGAGCAGCCGAACCGUUGAGGAGAUGGCUCAACUCUUCAAAUCGAUGCGCGACAAGGUUGAUGCAAUGAAGAAUACAGACAAGCAUGAUUCGUGA